GUGUUAGUAACGACGCAACCUCGGCAUCUACGCUCGUACUGGCGUCGUUUUCUCGCAGUUUAUCGAACGUGGCUUCAUUCCGCGAUGGGAAGCCAUGAACACGUUUAUCAAACGUCGAGACUGUUUUCCUCAUCGUGAUCCUUGUUACACGUUGAGAAUCAACCAGAGGCUAACCGAGCCUUGACAGAUGCGAGGUUAAGCCAUUGGGGAGUGGGUACGAGCAACCCCCGAGGAAGACAGAGCGAGAAAGACAAAGGAAAAACAAACCGUAAAAAUCAUCUAAAAAAGAAGAAGGAAUUCACUACUAGUCAUGGAUUUCAAUCUACUCACUGCUAUCAUCUGUCUAUUCUCUAUCAAUCUCGUUCACGUCGAUGCCAGUUCCUAUGAAGUUAAACAAGAACCGCCUGGACAUGUCGACACUGGGGAAAACUCGAUGCACGGACCAAUCGUGGAUAAUCAGGAUUUACCUACAGAUCUACAAAAACCAUAUCCUGGCAAGAGUUUUGGGCCUAUGGGACCGAUCGAGAGAACUGUCUCUGAUGAUAUAGCUGGAAGAGGUAAUGAUGAAAAUCUCAAGGGAGUCGUCAAAGACGGUUAUCCCGUGUUAUCAUCGACAUCCUCGACAAAACCACUUCGAGAAUACGAAGUUCUUAGUGUCGAAUUCCAACGCGUCGAGACACCAUUUAUUAUCGGAAUAUGGAUAUUUUUUGCCAGCCUCGCCAAGAUCGGCUUUCACAUGACGCCGAAGCUCAGCAAAAUCUUCCCCGAGUCUUGCCUCCUGAUCGUCGUCGGCGUCGUCGUCGGAGUUUUGCUCUUCCAGGCAGACAGCGUCCACGUAUCACCUUUGACGCCUGACACCUUCUUCCUGUACAUGCUACCGCCGAUAAUCUUAGAUGCUGGUUACUUUAUGCCAAACAGAUUAUUUUUCGACCACCUCGGCACUAUACUGCUCUUCGCUGUUCUUGGGACUAUAUUUAAUACCCUUUCGAUAGGCGCUUCCUUAUGGGUUCUUGGAAAAAGUGGUCUCUUUCGCUGCGAGACUCCUUUACUGGAUAUGUUCCUCUUCUCGGCUUUGAUCAGCGCAGUCGAUCCGGUUGCCGUUUUGGCAGUUUUUGAAGAAAUCCAUGUCAACGAGAUAUUAUAUAUUGUCGUCUUUGGCGAGAGUUUACUCAAUGACGCUGUCACUGUCGUUUUAUAUCACAUGUUCGAGACUUAUAGCGAAAUGGGACCCUCCAGAAUUACCUAUACCGAUAUAUUGUCCGGUCUGGCCUCCUUUGUGGUUGUCGCCAUUGGUGGUACGAUUAUCGGAGUGAUAUGGGGAUUCGCGACUGGUUUCGUAACAAGAUUUACAGACGAGGUCCGUGUUAUCGAACCCAUCUUUAUAUUCGUUAUGGCUUACUUGGCUUAUCUCAAUGCUGAGAUAUUUCACAUGUCUGGCAUAUUAGCGAUCACUUUCUGUGGCAUCACCAUGAAGAAUUACGUCGAGGCAAAUAUAUCGCACAAAUCUCAUACAACUGUCAAGUACACCAUGAAAAUGCUGUCGAGCAGUUCUGAAACAAUUAUCUUCAUGUUCCUUGGUGUCGCCACUGUUAAUAAUGCUCAUGUCUGGAACACGUGGUUCGUCCUUAUGACAAUUUUCUUCUGUUCCGUCUAUCGUAUCAUAGGCGUUAUCGUUCUGACUGCUCUGGCCAAUCAAUUCAGGCUUCAUAAACUUGAUAAGGUCGAAAAGUUUGUCAUGUCCUACGGUGGCUUAAGAGGUGCAGUGGCCUUUGCUCUGGUUCUAUUAAUCGAUCCAAAACACGUGCCACUUCAGCCGAUGUUCGUUACAACGACCAUUGCUGUUAUAUACUUCACUGUUUUUAUCCAAGGUAUCACCAUUAAACCUCUGGUGAAGAUAUUGAACGUAAAAAGAGCAGAGAAAAGGAAGCCAACGAUGAACGAGAGGAUUCACGAAAGGAUCAUGGAUCACAUAAUGGCCGGUAUCGAGGAUAUCGUUGGAAAACAUGGAAAUUAUCAUGUUAGAGACAAAUUCAAACGAUUUGACAACAAAUUUAUUCGACCCUUUCUCGUGCGUGAUCAUCGCGGUGCGGAGCCUAAAAUUUUGGAAACUUACUCAAAGUUAGCUAUGAAGGACGCACUCGAUUAUAUAAGAAGAAAUGCAUCCACUAUCGGCAAUAUAAGCGGUACCGAGAGUAUGUCUGCCAUAUUCCGAAAUUACAGUAAUACUGGCCAAUUUAAUGGAAGUCCGAGCUGCAGCCAACUCGAGUCCGGCUGGAAUAUCGAUCUUCAAGAAUUGGAGUAUAAUCCAUCGAAAAGGGACCUGACGGAUGCUAGAAUACAUCAUCUUCUGGCAGAGGAGCUUUGCAAGCCCUAUAAGCGCCAUCGACGUUUGAGUUAUAGUCGGCACGCCGUAAAUGAUAGAGAUCUGUCGACUCAGGUCAACUACAAGAUGCACAUGAAUAUUAGGAGAAUGAUGGGCGAGCACAAACAUCGUCAUAAACGCAGCAAAAAAUUGGCCAAGGAUGGAAAGCAGAAUCACGUAAGCUUCCCGGAAUUUCAACAAAAUGGCAGCACAAAGCUUUUCUCGCAAGACUAUAUGAACGACGUGUUGUUCGAAUCUGAAAAUGGGGAGACAGGUAAACCUAAUAAGGAGGACUGGGAGUCCGCCAUUACUUUUACAGCCAGAACUUCAGACUCGGGUAAUCAAGAGACGCAACCUAGUUUAGUUCGAAUUCCCCAAAGAGAAUCAGAAGGGGAAUGCUUCAGGGUAACUACCCCAACGGCUACGGAAACCAUGCUACCCUGGAAGAGGGAAGAUGAUUACGAUUCAGGAAAACCAAUACAGCAGAAUGAAUUCCCCGCGUGGUGUUCGAACAAGGAGUACCUUGCCUACAGUUCACCAUCCGCGACCUUUCUAGGUGGAAUCGAGCAACCUAAGUUCCAAUCAGUGAUUGGUCUCUUCCGCAGGGACAGUGCUACGUCACCCAGUGGGAUUGGAUCCCAGGAUGGAGAAGAAGACAGCGAUAAGUCGAGGACGUUGCAGAACGAACAAAAUUAUUCUCCGUUAAGAGACUCGGAAACCUCGAGGCGAUCACCAAGACGCGGAUCCAUGAUGGAACUGGGCUCCAUCGAUUCGAUAUCCAAAGAAAAGAGUAACAAUGGCUCCCACUCUUUACCGGAAUGUUGGAAUGCGCAGAGGCUUCGUCUGACUCCAUUCGCUUCCUCAUCGAAGAAGCCCAGCCUCUCGACCGCACUUAUAACGUCUUCCUCGGAGUCCUCCGACUUCGAAGAGGAUUAACGAUCGCUUGAAUCAGCUUCCUCAGACUAGACGAUCACGAGCUCACAAGAUUGUCAGUGACGUCCAACAAGUUUACCUGACGAAGAAUGCUAUUUUUUCACCGAUCCAACGACUCCUGGGGAUUUGACGAUCCCGAGGAUGCUCGAAGAAACAUAGAACCAUUUUGUGGAAUUGGAAUUUGGGCAAUGAGUGAAUGCAAGAGUGAAAGAUUUGUUAGAGAGUGCGGAGUGUGUCAAGAAGUGUCUUUGAAGAUCAAUAUGAUGAUGAUGAUGAGGGUGAGGAUUACAAGGGCCUAGGAGAGAUAUUCUACCCUAGGUAGAAAUUGUUCCUUGGCAUUAAAAUGGCCCCUUACCACUCUGGUGACCCCUACCGGAACGAUGUUUCUUCGAUUGGUCGAUUGUCCAAUAGCGUGACUUUCCGAUAGAGAAUAAAGUGAUGACCUAGACAACCAUCAGCAAAAUAUAUCAAGAGUUACUCAACAUGGUCGUCACGGUUUCAUGGCACAGGAUGAUUUUAUCUGAUCUUAGAAAUACGUAGACCGGCAUAAGUACAUCGUAAGCGGCGAAAGGUGGUCUUAGACUAUAGUUCAGACUGUACAUUGUUGAUUUGUUAAAUAAAUGUUUAUUUCAUAAAAAAAA